GCUGCACCGCCUCCUCCUCCUGCGCCGGAGCCGAGCGCAGCAAACCACACACCGGGUCACCGAGGACAGCGCGCUCUCCCCCGGCUCGACCCCGCGCCUCUCCCCGCUCCUCUGGAUGCGAGUCUCCGGACCGGGGACGCUUUGGAUGGAGAUUGGCCGCGGCGGACGGAUCGUGCUGUAGACCCUGGUGCUCCGGUGAGGUGAUGGCUCAGACGUUGCAGAUGGCGAUUCCGAACUUUGGGAAUAACGUUCUGGAAUGUCUGAACGAGCAGCGUCUGCAGGGGCUGUACUGCGACGUGUCCGUACUGGUCAAAGGCCACGCCUUCAAGGCUCAUCGCGCGGUCCUGGCCGCGAGCUCGUCGUACUUCAGAGACUUGUUUAACUCGGGGGUGAAGAGUUCGGUGGUGGAGCUGCCUCCUGCCGUCCAGCCCCAGAGCUUCGGUCAGAUCUUGUCGUUCUGUUACACGGGGCGUCUCAGCAUGAGCGUGGGAGACCAGUUCGUCCUCAUGUACACCGCCGGCUUCCUGCAGAUACAGCAGAUCAUGGAGAAGGGCACCGAGUUCUUCCUCAAGGUCUCGUCUCCGAGCUGCGACUCCCAGGGCCUCCACGCAGAGGAAGCUCCGCCCUCGGAGCCGCAGAGCCCCGUCACUCAAGGGGGCGGGGUCUGCGGGGUGGGGGGCGUGGCCUCGGUCACGGGAAGGCCCGCCUCCUGCCAGACGCCCCUCCCCCUGGUGUCGAAGAUCAAGACGGAGCAGACGGCGUCCACGCCUCAACCGCAGGAGGGCUCUCUGUACUCGGUGGUGUGCACGCCGGUCGCCAAGCGUCUGUGGGAGGGAUCCAGUCGUGACGGAGGGGGCGGGGCUUCUGGAGGAGGAGGAGGAGGAGGAGGAGGGGUGUCGGGCACAGGAGGGGGCGGAGCCAGGAAGGCGGCGCGUUUCUCCUCCAACCUGAACCAGGAGGCGGGGUCGAUGAGAGGCCCCGCCCCCUCCUCCACCAACAGCGUCCAGAACAGCAGCAGCGGCGGGACACCAGAGGGCGCCAGCCCCGGCACCAUGAGCCUGUACGCCAGCCCCUCCUGCGACUCGCCCGGCAGCUUCCACGAAGAAGAGGAGGAGGAGGAGGUGGAGGACAGCGAAGAGCAGUACCGACAAAUCUGUAACAUGUACAACAUGUACAGCAUGCUCAACGCCAACGCCGCAGUAGUGGCGGAGCGGGUGGAGGCUCUCCCAGACCUGCCUCCGGACUCUGCCCAGGGCAGAGGCUCUCGCGGGGGCAGACCUCGCUCGGAGCUGGCCUGUCUGCCCCCGGAGCUGGUGUCUCAGAUCGGGCAGAGGUGCCACCCUCGUCUGUACGAGGAGGGGGACCCGGCGGAGCGACUGGAGCUGGUCAGCGGCACCAGCGUCUUCAUCUCCAGAGCUCAGCUCAUGAACUGCCACGUCAGCGCCGGGACCCGACACAAGGUCCUGCUGCGGAGGCUCCUCGCCGCCUUCUUCGACAGGAGCACUUUGGCGAACAGCUGUGGCACUGGGAUUCGCUCGUCGACCAACGACCCGAGUCGUAAACCUCUGGACAACAGAGUCCUUCACGCCGUAAAGUUUUACUGCCAGAACUUUGCUCCGAGCUUUAAGGAGAGCGAGAUGAACGCCAUCGCGGCGGACAUGUGCACCAACGCUCGCCGCGUCGUCCGCAAAUCCUGGAUCCCCAAACUCAAGCUGCUGAUGGCCGACGCCGACAUGACCUACGCCCCCGUCGCCCUCGGCGCCGACCCCUUCGACCCCGCCUCCCUGGACGCUGUGGCCAACAGCGGCGAGGCGGCGGGAGCGGCCGGCCAAUCGGACGCGCUCGGGGGCGGGGCCGGCGACGGCAGCACUUUGUUUUGAAAGAAAAAAAACGAAAGACAGAAAC